AUGGAAACCAGGAAAACAAAAAUCAUUAUGACUAUUGGUAAAGCUUCUUCCUCAAAAGACUGCCUACGAGAGCUAAUAAAAGCAGGCGUCGAUGGGAUCCGAAUAAGCACAAGAUUUAUCAGACCUGAAGAUUAAUUGUCUGAAAUAACCCUCAGGUUUUUUCCUGGUGCCUUUUUUCUAAUCAAAAUGAAGGUAAAUUAAAAUUCAUGGUUUUUCCAACAACAAAAAAUAAUAGCACGUUUUUCUGAAAUUUUCUACUACGCUAUUCUUUUACUCAUUAAGCAUUGCUUAUUAAAACUUUAAGUUUGCUAUUUAUCUAUUAAUUUCUGCAGAUUUAGCCUCAUUUAUGAUGAUUAGAUUCUGAUAAAAUAUUUUCAAAGCAUAGUUUUUUUCAGAUAAAUUUGCUAUUGAGUUUUUUCCUGGAAAAAGCCAGGAAGAUUAAUUUAUCUUCAUUUUGAUUAGAAAAAAAGUACCAUGAAAAAACCUCUGGGGUUUUUAUUCUAGACUACCCCUGAAGACAAAGAUAUAAUCAUGAGAAAUCUCCGAGAAGCCGAAAUUGAAGCCGAACGAGAAGUAUGUGUGAUUUUAAGCUUAAGGGAAAGUGAUAUCAGAAUAGGAAGUGUAGACCCUAAAGUUCCUAUUGUUUUAAAUGUAGGAGAUGUCCUGAAAAUCGUUAAUGAUGCUUCUUUAGCUGAUGAUUUAAACGUAGCAGUCUGCAAUAACAGAGAAUUCCCUAAUCUUGUCCACCCUGGAGAUAAGCUUCUACUGGAAUUUGGAAAAAUCGUUUUAACUGUGCUCAACGUAGGAGUUUGUAUGUCAAGAUCACAAUCACCAGAUACUUCAUAUAAGGAAGGGACAAAUCAGCCUGCAACACAUUCUGCUAUAGGGCCGAGACAUAACUCGGCAAGUUUUCAUCGGUAUCAGCGAUCCAAGCCAAAAUCCGCGAAAAAUUCAAAGGUGGUGUUUUGUAAGGUAGAAAAUCGAUGUGUAAUUGAUGACCAAAUCCCUGUGAAUUUUUCAAAUACAAAUAUUUUAGACCCUGACAUCACAAAUGAUAUGGAAGAUAUAAGACUUCUGGAAUGGGCAGGGCAAGCUGAUAUUGAUGUUAUUGUUUAUAAACAAGUUAGAGGAGAAGAUGAUUUAGAAAGUCUAUGAAGUAUAAGGAUUCCUCAUAAGACAAAAAGGUUUGUUGGGAUCCAGACAAAAGAAAGCGUAAGCUAUCUUGAUAAUUUUAUUGAUUUAUCUGAUGGAGCUUCUAUAGGCAGAGGCAUUUUAGGGGUCGAAACUGGGCUAUCUAAUGCUUGCAGACUCCAGAAAUCAAUUAUCAAAAAAUGCAAUGAUAAAGGAAAGCCAGUUGUGCUCUCAACUCAAGUCCUCGAAUCCAUGGUAAGCCGCACGAAACCCUCCAGAUCUGAAGUGACUGACGUCACCAAUAUGGUUUUUGACGGAGUUGACGGAAUUUUGCUUACAGGUGAAACAGCGUAUGGCAGAAACCCUCUUUUGGCUGUAAAAUCCUUAGAGUCCAUCAUUUUAGAAUCAGAAGGCCACAUUCAUUAUGAAGAAGAACAAGAAUUGAUAUUCAGAGAUUUGACUUUGCCUAUGAGUAUUGCUGAAAAUGUCUGUUAUUCUGCAGUCAGGUCGGUGUCUAGCACUAUGGCUUCUUUAAUAAUUUGUAUCACAAAAACUGGAAAAACAGCACAGAAAAUCGUAAGGUAUAAGCCAGCUUGUAUGGUUUUAGGGAUUACUGAUUGCUUGAAGACUUUGAGGUUUUUGAGGAUCGUGAGAGGGGUUUAUCCGGUUCUUUUGAGUAAUAAUCUGGAAGAAGGGCAUUUAGUGGAAAACGCGCUUCAUAUAGCGAAGGAGCAUCAUUUGGCGCUGGAAGGACAGACAGUGAUAUAUGUAGGAGGUAGCAAGGACUCGUUUAUAGAAGGUGAUACCUCUUUACUGAGGUUUUGCACAAUUCCUUAG